UUUGACAUUUCAACUAAACCGACACCGUAUUGUUUAUUGUAAAUUUGGGCUGCAGACUAAUUACAAGCUGUGUUUUUUAAUUUAUUUUGAAGAGUUAUUUGGAAAAAUGCCAACUGAAAACAAGAAAAAAAAAUCGAAACAUGAUGAAAAGAAAUCAUUGCUUUCGGUCAAGAGUGAACCGGAAGACUUAAAACCAUUGGAACAUUAUGUGGACGACCGAAUUGAGCUUAUCAAGCAAAUAUUUGACUCACUCAAAAGUAAAACCAUCGAAUCCGUCAUACCGGAGUUUUUGCAGGAAAAAUCGAUUGAAGAAAUCCAAGAAAUUUGUCUCGAAGAGAUAUUGGGAAUAUCAAAGAAGCGCUUGUUGUCCAUUAUCAAUGCAACUAAAUGCCCCACAGACACGGAAUCUUCUGACUCUGGCUCUGAUGUGGAAAAAAUCGAAGAACACAUUUCGUUGGAGGAAAUCUCAUCCGACUCAAACGAUGAGUUGAGUAAACCACGGAAGAAAAAGAAACGUGAACCCAAAAAAGAGACCAAACCAGGACCGGCCACUGAGAAACCGGCUGUGCAAAAUGGUCAAGGUGAGAAGCAAUACUCGGUGUUGGAACUAUUGGAAUUACAAGCACGAGCUCGAGCGAUUCGAUCUCAACUGGCACUUGAGCCGGUCACAAAGAUUGAGUUAAACGAUUCGGAUGAUGAGCCAGAGAACAAAGAUGAGGGAAAAGAGAAGCCAAAAGAUAAAGAUAAAGAUAAAGUGAAGGAGAAGGAAACAAGAAUUGAGCCAACUGCGAGUGUGUCGCAGAACAGUAGCAGACACCAUGAGAGAGAGUCAUCAAAGGCGCUAGAGGAUGAACCAAAAGUGCCACCCAGUCGGCCUGUUCGUCUAAAGCGAAACUUCCGACAGAGACAAAUGGAAGGAUACGAAUCUGAUGAAAGCCACUCCGUAACUGAAAAGGAAGCAGAGGACAAAAGUGAACAACCGAAUGAUAAAUCCGAAGCUCCCGAAAAGCCAAUUGAAAAAGAGAAAUCACCGGAAAAGGAAAAAUCACCCGAAAAGGUGGUUGAACCAGCUGCUGUCCAUGAUGAUGAUGUGGUGCCAAUAAUAGCCGAGCCGGAAAUUCUCUGCAUUUCAAGCAGCGACUCCGAAAGUGACGAGAAGAAGGAAAAAAAGAAAAGCACGGCAAAAAGAAGCUAUAUUACGAUGCCGGUGAUUGAGAAAGAAGAUCGACCACCGACCGAAGAUGAGCUGUUCUUGCAAAAGAUUAAGACAAAAUCGGAGGCACAAAAAAAGGCCGAACGUAGUUUGAUGAUAACCGGGGAAAUGAGCAGUGAAGCUCAAACGAAUGAAAUCCCAGAGAAGGAAGCUCAAAUGAAAUCAUCGGAAACAAAGAAACAAGACGAAGAAAAGGAACAUAUUGAAAUGGAAGACGGGGAAAUCAUUGAAGAGGAUGAAAUAGUCGAGAUUCCAGAAAGUCCAGAACCUCAACCAGAAUCCGAACAGAAUUGUGAUGAGAAAGAAACACCAGAUGAUGCAAAAGAAAGUGAGUCUCAUAAUACGUCAAUGCAAGAGACUGACAAAAGCCAUGAUGAUAACAGAAGUUCUGAUUCUGAAUCGGAUAGUGAUGGAUCUAGCAGUAGCGGGAGCAGUGCCAGUGAAUCAGACAAUAGCGGAAAGAGAGCACAGUCCCAAGCGAGUGAAAAGUCAAAUGUCGACGAUGAUGAUGAAGACAUUAUCGAUUUGGGCAAAGACGAAGAUCUCGAUUUUGAACAGCUUGACAUGAAUACGUUCAAUGAUGAACCGAAAGAAGAGGGGACAACGAUCCGACGAACACGGAGUAAGGCGAAAACCACGGAUAAAGAUCCAUCACCUGAUGUUGAUCCGAAGGACGAAUCAUGGGAUAAACGAUGGUUGCGUGGCAACAAAGUGAGUAAGGUUUUGGCAACGAGUCGCUUGGCCAAUAAAGUGCGGAGUAAAAUCAAGGAGAAGAAAACGAAAACGAAAAUCACACAACAGCCAGAAGAACCGGAGCCACCAAAAGAAACGGUUCCAGUGGAACAGCCAAAUGUUGAGGUUGGCAGCGUUGAACAUUACAAAGAGUUGACCAAGCAAAAGUGAACGACAAAAAACCCAUUUUCGAAACAUUUUAUCAUUCAAAAUUGUCUAACACAAUUUCAUAUUCAAUUGCAUUAAAAACUGUACGAGAAAGUAUCAAAUAAAAUUAUAGAUUUUACAGCUAAA